UAGAAGAAGUAGAAGAAGAAGUAGAAGAAGUAGAAGAAGUAGAAGUAGUAGAAGUAGUAGAAGUAGUAGAAGUAGUAGAAGUAGUAGACGUAGUAGACGAAGACGACGACGACGACGACGAAGCAGCGAGUGUUGGAUUCCUGUCAGGCAGUCUGAGGUGAAAAGAAAACAAUGAAGACUCUGAUGGUGUUUGAUUUUGACCACACUGUGGUCGAUGACAACAGUGACACAUGGGUGGUCAGAUGCCUUCCAGGUCAGACUCUUCCUGACUCCGUGAAGAACUCCUACAGGAAAGGCCACUGGACUGAGUUCAUGGGCCGAGUGAUGAACCACAUUGGAGACCAGGAGGUCAGCCCCGACAGGGUCCGGAGUGUUAUGGAGACCAUCCCCAUCACGGCCGGAAUGACGGACCUGCUGACAUUCAUAUCGCAGAACAAGAGCGCCAUCGACUGCAUAGUCAUCUCUGACUCCAACACCAUGUUCAUAGACUGGAUCCUCCGCGCAGCGGGGCUCCGGGCGGCCGUCGACCAGGUUUUCACCAACCCGGCCAAGUUCAAUGAGCUCGGGUACAUGGAGGUGCAGUGCUACCACUCGCACGAGUGCGACCGCUGCCCCGUCAACCUCUGUAAGAGGGAAGUUCUGGAGCUCUACCUGUCAGAGCAGUCUGGCGGAGGAACGGAGUACGAGCGAAUAUUUUACGUGGGCGACGGCGGGAAUGAUCUCUGCCCCACUUCCUGUCUGAGGGGGCACGAUGUCGUGAUGCCCAGGAGGGGGUACACCCUGGAGAAACUGCUGGCCAAACUGCAAGGCCAGGCAGAGGACACUUCUCCAAGAGCGAGAGUCCUCGCGUGGAGCAGCGGCGCCGACAUCCUCCAGGAGCUGAAGGCAGCCAUACAGUCGUAAGGCAGAGCCCACAGAGCCCACCGCUCGACUGACGUCUCAGUUGUAACUGAAACAUUGCACUAGCAGCAGAUGUUGUGUUUUGCACCGUAUGGGGGCUCCAGCUGGUCUCUGUGACGGUUUUUGUCACAUCAUCAAGAGAGCAGUUAUGAUUUUAAAGGUCCAAUUAUAAUCAGGGAUCCGUCAGUUUUUUCUCGAGCAGUGCUGGCGUUUGAGCUCAACAAAUCAGAUGAGAAGACUGAUACCUCUCAGUCUGGAAGUAGGGUGAAACACGGAGCGUGGGGCUUUAUUCAAAUGUAAAAAAAAAAUUGAAACAAAAUCCGCAUACCAGCACCUGUAAAGCGUAAUAACAUGUUACCUUGUUAAUGAUAGUUAAUGAGUAAUAAUCAAACAAACUAGAAUGGCUCUACAUUUGCCCAGGGCCAACUGUCCCCUUACAUUCAACCUAAACCCACCAAAGUGCACACACUCAGAUAUAUCAGUCCCAUAAAUAUGCCAGAUUUUUUUUCCAUCAAGAUCUAAAAAGAAAAGAAAAAACUACUUUUUCCAUAAUGCCUUGAUCCCGCCCCAGGUUAGUGUACAUGUUUCAUCUGUCUACCAGUAUGCUGAAACGCAACAUUUUGUUCACCCAUCAGCCCUUAAUGUAAUCCAAUAAUGGUAAAGAUGGUCUUAGGAUAUUAGAGCUUGUCAUUAAUCGUUUGUCAGUCAUUAUUACAAUGGUUAUGAUUGAAGCCUUUGCAGAAUGUUUUAACGCAACAACACCUCGACACGUGGACUUACCUCAGUUUCCCAUGCAGAAGAGUUGAGACAUUUUAACAGUAUUUUCAACCUCUGACACAUUUUCGUAGUUCCCAUACGAACUUGCACAACUAACCGUCUUCUUCAACUUCACUAUAGUCUCGCAACUGAAUUCAUUCAAGUUAAUAUAUUUUUACAUCUCAGGUCUGUGGUUUGACGUCGUCCAUGUAAAUCAGAGUUUGGAUGAACCUGAUCAUGUUAAUAAAUCUGUGCUGGCUCUGUUGAAUGACAUGAAGCCAAACCGUUUAAGCUAAACGAACAAAAAAGUCCUUGUUAUACAAAGUCCCGGAUGUUUACUUGAGUUUGCAGGUUUUUUUAAAGUGUUUUUACAUCUGUCCACCCGUUUCGUCAUGUGUUUGAGCAGCUUUCAGGUUUUAUUCAGUAAAACCAUCCAGGGCCUGUCUGAGAUGGUAUUGCAAUAGUCCUGGGACUUUGUCCAGGGGUCUUAUACAGUAUAUUGAUAACGGAAUACACUGGACUCGGUUCAGUUUGCUGUGCCAAUUUACCAGUAAUACUUCAAAGGGAAAUUAAAUGUUUAUGAAAACUUGCAUUUGUGGUUGACACUGGCAUAUGAUAUGUAUUUUAAAUUUUUUAUCUUGUAAUCGUGUUCUAAUGCUGCAAUAACAGCCAGAAUGUCUUGCCGAUCCAUUUUUUGUCGUUAUGUACCACCAAUCACCCGUUACUACGAAAAAAAAAAGGCUCUCGUAACACUGAAAUGGUGUGAUCGCAUUAAAUUGUUACAAUGUG